AUGGAGGGAUUGUCUUAUGUCUCACAAGUCCCGUUUGUGAUCGUUGAUUUGAUCAAUCUCAGCGAAGUCACGGUCGACGUGGAGGAGAAAACUGCGUGGAUUGAAGCGGGCGCAACCACGCGGGGGGGCUACGGUGCAAUGCUGAGAAAAUACGGCCUCGCGGGAGAUAAUGUUAUUGAUGCCAGAAUAAUCGACGCUAAUGGCAGAAUCCUCGAUAGGAAAUCAAUGGGAGAGGAUCUUUUCUGGGCCAUCAGAGGCGGUGGAGGUGCCAGUUUUGGCGUGAUCACUGCCUGGAAGGUACAGCUGGUGGAUGUUCCAGAAACAGUCGCUGUUUUCUCAAUCACGGGGAACGUGGAAGAACAGAACGGCGCUGAACUGUGGCACCGCUGGCAAUACGGGGGCGCCUCAAGCCGACAAAGAUUUGUUCGUUGGAGUCAUCGUACUCAGGGUGAACACGACCGUCCUGGUUAA